AUGGAUAUUCGAAAGUACUUUAAUGCACCUGGUGGUGCUUCUAACACAAAGAAACACGCGAAGAAGACUUCAAAAUCUGAUGCUAAUCUCGAUCAAAGUGAAAAUGUUCCUGAGGAACCAAAAACGGAUCCUGUUAAAUCUAAAUCGUCUAAGAGAGCGAAGGAAGAUGAUUCUUAUUUAGAGGCUCCCAAAAAAAAGCAGCCGAAAACUGAUUCUCCCGCACCAGAAUCCAAAGAAAAAGAAAUACCUGAAGGCGCAGAAAAUUGCUUAUUAGGAAAAACAUUUGUCUUUACUGGUGAUUUGGAAUAUCUUUCUAGAGAGGACGCUCAGGACCUCGUUAAGCGUUAUGGAGGUUCACGUACAACUUAUGUUGUUGUUGGUGACAACCCCGGUCCAAAGAAACUAGAAAAGAUCAAACAGCAUAAUAUUCCGACUCUAACCGAAGAUGAAUUAUUAGACCUCGUAAGAAACGCUCCCGCACAGCAAUCUGAACCCUCUCAAUCAAGUUCUGCGAAAGGAAAAUCACGUGCUUCAGAUGUCAUGGAAGUUUCCGAACCAAUACCCGUCACUUCCAUUGGUAAACUUGAAGGUUAUGAUGUGAAGGAAUUUAACGCUAGUGAUACUCGCAGUAAAAAAGCGCUGGAAGCGCGAAAAAUGAAUAGAACUCUUAUAAUCAUGGAUGAGGUUGAUGGCAUGUCUGCCGGAGAUCGAGGUGGUGUCGCUGAACUUGUCCAAUUAAUCAAGAAAACCCAGGUAUUUAUUAAAAAUACAUAUGUAAAUUAUAAUAUUCGGUUGAAAAGUAUUUUGAAAUUUCCACUUUCAUUAUUAUUUGAUAUUUCUAUUUUAGAAAAAUCAUGUACCUAUGUUAUCAUUAGGGAAAAACUCAAGUUCAAUCAACCAAAUAUUGUUGAUGAGAUUAUCACGGGUGCGAAUUCCGAUAUUCGACAAGUUUUAAACAGAUUGUCUUCUUGGAAAUUGGCAAACGAUAGCAUUACUUAUGAUGAGGGCAAAGCUUUGUAUGAUCAUUUGAAUCCAUUCGAUAUUACCAGUAGGCUUUUUGGUAAUUCGAUAUGGAAUAAUCGUAGUGGCAAUUUGAACGACAAAUUAGAACUAUACUAUCACGAAUCUGAUAUUUUACCGUUAAUGAUUCAAGAAAAUUAUCUAAAAAUUAAACCUCAAUCUACUUCGAACACCAUUGCAAGAGAUGACGUAAAUCCGAAGGAUCUUGAACAAAUGGCUCUACUAGGUGCUCUAGGCAAAGCAGCAGUCUCUAUAUCGGAUGGCGAUUUAUGUUAUGCGAUGAUUCAUGGUUUGCUGGGUCAAACCUCUAAAACUAACAAAUAUAAACGUAUCUUAAAAGAGAUACAAAUUCAUAUGCGAUUAAGAACUUCUGGAGAUAAGAAUGAAAUUCGGCAGAGUUAUCUCCCUGCAUUAUUCACUGCACUCUCUCAACCGUUAAUCGAUAAAGGAGCGGAUGGAAUUACUGAAGUAAUUGAACUGAUGGACCAAUAUUAUCUUAACAAGGAAGAUUGGGAUGCAAUAAUGGAAUUAAGCAUCGGAAGUGAUAAAAUAUCAAAAGAGAUCGACAAAACCGUUAAGACUGCUUUUACAAGAAAUACUGCUGCUACUACUUCUACUCGCCGUACCUCAAGUGGUACCAAAACCAGGGGUGGUGGUCGAGGUGGUGGACGCAAGGCUGUUAGAAAGCUAAAGUGA